AGUAAAAUCGAUUUGCACCUAAUUCCAGUUUGCUCCGUGUACAGGCCCGCACGCACGAAUACAUGAGCUAUUUAGCUACUCUUGCUUAGCAGUCUAGCUAAACGGUAGAAUAUUGUAGCCAUAUCCCCCGGUAGCCAGCUAGGUGCAUGGUGGCACAAGGCGACGUUGUUUAGAUGUAGCAAGAGAGAGCCACAGGGAACUGAAUCAAAGACACUAAGAGCAGGGGUGGAAGAAAGGGAGGAAGUAGGCGUACUCAAGACACGUCGCAAGUCAGUGGCUGGCAAGAUAGCUUCGUUUUUUGCCUCCAUUAAGCUGAUCGGUUUUAUUAUCGUAUUCAGUUUCUGGACGUGGUCUCCGAAGGCAUUUCGCCCACGUUGGGAUGGCAGAGCAAAACAAUAGAUAUCAGCCGUUAACCAAUGAGGAAGAGCCAGGCGAGGCCUCCCAGGUAGCCGCCGAUGCCCCUCCUCCUUACAGCAGCAUUGCAGCAGACAAUGCAGCCUAUUUUGACUACAAAGAAGAUGGCGGGUUCCCCAAACCUCCCUCUUACAAUGUUGCUACCACUCUUCCCUCCUACGAUGAAGCUGAGAGAACCAAAGCAGAAGCCACCCUUCCUCUUGUCCCUGGAAGAGACGAUGAGUUUGUGGCUCGGGAUGACUUUGAUGACGCCGACCAGCUGCGGAUAGGAAACGAUGGCAUAUUCAUGUUGACUUUCUUCAUGGCAUUCCUCUUCAACUGGAUCGGUUUCUUCCUGUCAUUCUGUCUGACCACCUCGGCAGCCGGCCGCUACGGCGCCAUCUCUGGGUUUGGGUUGUCGCUCAUCAAGUGGAUCCUUAUUGUCCGGUUUUCAACAUAUUUCCCUGGAUACUUUGAUGGCCAGUACUGGCUAUGGUGGGUUUUCCUGGUUUUGGGGUUCCUGCUAUUCCUCAGGGGCUUCAUUAACUACGCCAAGGUACGCAAGAUGGCUGACUCCUUUACCACUCUUCCCCGAACCAGGGUCCUCUUCAUCUACUAAAGAAUCUGGGAACUGAGAAGAUGGAGCAAAAAAUAUCAUCAGAAGUCUUCUGCAAACUUGCAGGAAGCCUAAAAACUAGAUCACAGAAGAUGGACGGAAUACAAAAAUCACUGCUUGGAAUAACACUAUUCUGUUCGAGAAUGAGACGCGACUUUCUGUGUUUCUAGAUGUCAGAUUUUACUAGUCGAUGCUGACAGUUCUGUAACCAGUCAUUAGUGGCUAAUGUUAAGUGCUAUUCGCAAUCAAGUGUGUGUUGUCCAAACAAUGCCUUACGCGUUUUAAACUUAUUCUAUAGCAUGUACCUUGCCCUUGGUAGGCAGUCUUCUUUCUGUCUUUUCACAAUGUUUAUUUUGGAAGCAGCAUCAUGCUGGUGAUGAAUUGCAGUUCACAGCACAUUAACAGGGUGUAUAUCUGUCAUCUGGGCAAGGGGGUUGAAUGUUUUUUAAGCAGUUAAAUUUAAAAGCAGUGUUAUACAGUUAUGCUACCCUCUCUAUGUUGUGAGAAAAUCUGGUUUUACUCCUAUUAUUAAGGUUAUCAGCUUAAUAAAUUGUGCAAAAUGGUAGGUGUUCAGGCUAUGAUACCAAUUCUUCAGGCUAUGAUGUCGAGGAAUGUGGUAAGGAGUUGUAGUUUACAUGAACUACAGAUCAGCACAUUAUCAUUCGGAUUGCAGUUUUUUAUUGAAAGAAAAUAAUCAAGCACUUAGAGCAAAGAUGAGAAAAUGAAGAAUGGCCAUUGUGAGCCCACCUUUGAAGAAGUCUGAAGAUGUAUAUCAGUGGAGGUUGAUGUUGCUUUUGUUAUUUCACUGAAUUUCCCCUCAAUGUUGUAUCCACAUUGUCUAAGGAGAGAAAAUUGCUUGUAGCGUCCCAUCCUACCAUCUCUCUCAGAACUCAAUAUCAGCAUGAUGGUUACUCAAAUGGCUGACAGGCUGACAACCCACACAAUUACAAUUACAGAAUUGUUUCUUUUUUCCCUCCCAACCUCUUUAAAAUUGUAUGGUCUUUUGUCAAUAAACUCAGUUAUCUGAUUACAAAUAAUUCACCAUUUGUGUUACUGUUUGACACUCUCCGAGUGAGCAUUGAUACUGUAUUUCAGUUUUUCUGUCUUGUUGGUAUGUUACUUUGUGAAGACUGCAUGGUGAUAAAGAGACAGACCUGCUAACCGGAGGUCUCCUGAGCACAACUGCAGAUGUUUAUGAAAAUGUGCAAGAUGAAAUACAGCAACAUUUCUGAUAAAUAUCCCCUGUAUAGCAACAAUGGUGGAUGUUCUGUGAGUCUUUGCUUUAGGUAUUGAUUAUGAGAUUUCAUACUUUGCACAUAUGAACAAGCAUUUGUGAUUUAUUAAAUGUUUCAACAAAUA